AUCUUCGACCGCUAUUUCGACUUUACGAGUGCUUUCACGACCCCUUUCCCUCACCAUCCUUGCCAGCAAUCGCUAGUUUUGCGCUAUGACCAGCUCACCGUCGACCCCGGACAUCUCCACCUUGUCGCUCACUUCCCAGCCCUCCCAGCAACGUCUUCACGAUACUUACGACUAUGAAGGCGGCGGCAAUGGCAAAAGUCCCUACCACUAUCAAACCUCUCCGCCUAUCCCAGCCCAGUCCCAGUACAACCCACUCGGGGGCCUGGGCCAGUCCCCGCUCAAGAGCAGGCCAGUCCUGCGCGGUGGUCUUCCAUCCCAAUGGCUCGACAAUGGCGCGAACAUGACGGAUAACCGCUCUCUGUCCCCUAACAACAAUUCUGACCUGUCCUCUUCCGGGGGAUCUCCGCCCCCCGUGGGUAACAUGAUAGCCCCACCUAUCACGCCUGGCACGCCGAUUCAAGGUGGAGACGACGAGAUAAUCCCCACAGCCAUAGUCAUCAAGAACAUACCGUUCAAUGUAAAGCGCGAGACGCUCCUGGACAUUAUCGCAUCGUUGUCGAUCCCGACGCCGUACGCGUUCAACUAUCAUCUGGACCAGUCGGGCCAAUUCAGAGGACUUGCAUUUGCCAACUUCCGACAACCGGCGGAUGCAGAUGCUGUGGUAGCUGCGUUGAACGGGUUCGACGUACAGGGCCGAAAGUUGCGGGUGGAAUAUAAGAAGGUGCUGCAAGCCGGUGAGAAAGAGCGGAUCGAGCGCGAGAAAGCGAUUCGGCGCAUGAAGUCGAUGCAGCUGGAAAAGGAGCAGGCCAUGGCACAUCAAGUCGGCUCACCCUACGACGAGUUCGGGCAGAUGAUACCCCCGCCGCCGUUUACGCCGCAACGAUCGUUCUCCGCGUCAAGCGUGUACCAGAACCAGGUGGGGACGCCAUUCUCGCCGGCAUCACAGAUGGCGCCGCCGAUGCCGACCCCGCCCCCAUUCAACAUGGCAACCCCGCCGCUGCCGCCCGCGACGCCUGGUGGGCUCAAAUCGCCGUCGACAGAGCUCGAUCUGAACGACCCGUCGACGCUGGAGAUCUACUCGCGCAUCCUGCUCUUCAAGGACGACCGCAUGCGGGACGAGCUCGCGUUCUCGCGCACGCUAUCGCCGAAGCAGCGUCGCGUGGUACAUCUCGUCGCACAAAAGUUGGGCGUGUACCACUACUCGGUCGGCGAAGGAGAAGAGAGAUAUGCGGUUGUGACACGCAUUGACCCCAAUCCAGGACAGGGCCCGCGCCAGACACUCACGCGUGCGCCGUCUUCGUAUCUUUCUCCCACAUCACCGCAGCUCCCGAACUCCUUGCGCGUGAAGAAGUCCAUGCCGGACAUGAAGUCGCUACAGUCGCAGACGCCGCGUCUCACGACCCGCGCGUCAAACGGAAACAUUCGCGAGGGCUAUGCUACUAUUGCCUCUCCGUCUCGUCGCUCUCCUGGUGGUUUUGCUGCCUUAUUCGCCAAUGGUGGCGGGUUUGGCAAUGGCGUGCCCCCUGUCCCCAGCCUCCCUACCAACCUCAUCGGCGGUGGCGGCGGCGGCAUGGACAGCCCCACUGGAGUUGUGAGACAGCCUCGCGGACCGGGCAACGGGGGCUUCGAGUCCCGGCGCGAGAGGCGCGAGAGCCAGACUCAGCGAGGCGGCUUUGAGGCCCGCUCUCACGAACCCCUGGAAAUUUGAAGACAAGGAACAAGCAUAUUAUCGAUACUUUUGUGCAAGACCAAGGGGGACGGACUGUGCUGCUCUCGUUUUAUCUGGUAUCAUGAUACACUCGUCACUCGUUUCUUCCCAUGCAGUUUCGUCUUCCUUCCGUCCCUUUCCAGCCCAUUUCAAGACCUGACAUAAUUGGCCCCUUUACGCCUCUCCCAUAAUCGCGCCAGUGACCUCUCCGUGCUGUGCACUGCUGGCCUACGCUGCCGUAUGCCCCCCAUUGCCCUACUUACAUCCCUGUCAUGGUCCCAUAUCGUUCAUAGUUCUGCACUUUGCUUGAAUUCCCGUAUCUGCCUUUUUUGAAGUAUCCUACGCCUGGUUGUACGUUGAGCACAGAUUUAGAACAAGCGAAGGCUGUAUAUAUUGGA